AUGAUACUCCUAAUACUGAUAUCAUACUUUCUUUUGCUUGUAAGUGCAAACGAAAAUGAAUCUUCGAAUGAUUUGCAAUCUCGUGUGCCCCCACCCCUAACAUUAUCAAACUUUGAUAAUACACUACUAAAAGGUUUCCAUAUGGUUGAGUUUUACAGUCCUUAUUGUCACCAUUGUCAAAAUUUAUUCCCAACAUGGGUUGAGUUUUAUGAAUCUAAUCCCGAAUCUUCGGGGUAUGCAAUUCACCAAGUUGAUUGUGUGGUUAGCGGUGAUCUAUGCGAUCGAGAAGGAAUAAGAUAUUUUCCAAUGAUUCGAUUCUACGGUCCAAAUUCCAAAUUGUUAGCUAGUAUGACGUCAAGUUCAAGAACAAUCGAUACUCUAAAUGAAUUUGCCAAUGAACAACUACUUAUCUGGAAUGAGGAGGGGGAUUCGAAAUUUAACGAAGAUGAUUUUGUAGGUUUACAGAAUUCAAUGAUUGACAAUUCAGAAUUGAGAAAGGUCUUAAGUGGUGAUUUGGAGGUUCCUAAGUUGAUUUCAUUUUGGCCAACUUCAAAUGAUCAGUUAAAUGAUUCAAAUUUUCAGAAUAAGUAUAACGCUCAUGCAAUUUUUAAAAACUCUGAAAACUUGUAUAACUUCAGGAACAUUUGGAAUUUUGUCAUUAGGAACCUACAUAAAUUUGGUGAAGAGCACAAGUUAGAAUUUCAUUAUGUUAACUGCAAAUCAAAUGCUGCACUUUGUGGAAGUUUAGGCUUCUCAGAAUUAUUGAAUUCGAAUCUGAAGAAUCUGACUCCAAGGAUAGUCCUUUAUUUACCAAAGUCCAAUGGAAAUUCUCUUUUUUUGAAACCAAGCUUGAUCAAAAACAGAAAAUUCAAUCAUAUAGUCAAAUUUAUAACCAAUUGGACGUAUAGAAAUCUUAUUAAUUCUGAGCUACAAGACCUGAAAAUAAAUGACAUUAAGAAUUUUAUAGGUGCAACGACAAAAUUGAAAGAUAAAAAUGACAUAUCGGAUAUACCUAACUACUCAAAAGUUGCCUUUAUUCAAGUCAAUGAUCCAAAUACUCAAGUUCUUGAAGAUGAUAUUAUAUUGGACCAUUUACUACAACCGGUAGCUGAUUUAGACUCUGAAGUUUAUCUUUUCAAGAGUACUGACAAGGACGGGGCAUUGAAAUUACUGCAAGAUCAAGAAAGGAAUCUGAUUGAUUACAUCAAGAUUGAUGAACAAAGCUUACAAGAUAAGAUAAGUGAGAAGUUGUUUAUAUCACGCACGAGAUCAACUUUCCCCAUGUUUAUUGCACUGAAAUCUUCAUCUUUGUACACGCCUGUUUAUCAAAGUUUCACAUCGAAAGAAAUCAGAGACACGAAGAAGGUUUUAAGUUUCAUUAGGAGUAAUUAUUUACCAAUGAUCAACCAUUUAUCAGACGACAAUAAGUAUCAAGUAUUUCCUAAACGUAUGUCACCAUUGAACUCGAAAACUGAAAAAAUCUUGGUAUCUAUAACCGAUUUCCAACCAAAACAAUUUUUCGAGGUUGAAUUUUACAUGUCGAAAGUGUAUCAUAAAUUUCAGUACUUGAGGAACAUGAAAAUAUUUCAGAAAAUAGACAAACAGAGAAAUGAAAAGCACGAAGAGGUUAACAGAAUGAAAUUAAAUGAUGCCACAUCUGAUGAUAUAAUCGAUAAAUUACGUGAGAAAAUUACAGAGUCCUAUAUCAGUACGGAUAAUAAUCUCUUCCCAGUCUAUUUAGAUCUGGAUACAUUAUCAAAAGUCGCUAGCUCCUUAAAUUGGAAUAAGCUUGACAUUCAAAAGUACAAAGUUGGGGACUCCAUUUUGAUAUCCAGAUUUACAGGUCAAUAUUGGGAUCAAGAUUUACGAGGUCGUCAAUUGAACAUUGAGAAUAUCGAUGAAACUGUUAAUUUAUUAAAAGAUAUAUUAAAGAAUAAAAAUUCGGGUAAAUCUAUCACUAGACAAUCCAUAUUGCUGACCAUUUUCCAAGUUUGGAUACUUUUAUUGGUCAUAGCUGCUUGUCUUCACUAUUACAAGAGGUUUCAAAUAAAGAGGGCCCAACAAAAUGAGAAAAUGAAAGGACUAGGCAUUCUAGGCCUCUCUGCUGACUCUAAGUUUGAUUAA